AUGGAUAAAAUAUUGAUAUCUGGAGUAGCUGGAGGAUCUGCUGGAAUAUUUACAGACUUUUUAUUCUUUCCUAUAGAAACCAUAAGAACAAGAAUCUAAGCGUCUAACAUAAAAAUUGAUUAUUUUAAAUCAGCAGCAAAAGUUAAUAAAUAUAGAGGAGUAUAAUUUUUUUAUAUUAAAAGUUGGUUGUCUAAUUGACAGUUUCUUUUCCAUCAGCAUUUUUAUUUUUCUCAACUUAUGAUACUGCAAAAAAAAAUGGGUGUUCACAUAUAGUUGCAGCUAGUUUAGGUGAAUUUGCAGUUGAUUUUUUUAGAAAUCCAUUUGAAGUAAUAAAAAAUCAAAUGUAAGUUGGUUUAGAUUCUAACAUAAGAAACACUAUUAAAUCAAUAUAUAAAAUAUAAGGACUUCAAGGAUUUUAUGCUGGAUUUUCUACUUUUAUAAUGAGAGAAAUUCCUUUUAGUGCAAUAUAAUUUCCUCUUUAUGAAAAAAUGAAGUCACAAUUUGGUAAUGAUGGAAUAGAAGAUCAUGCUUUAAAUGGAGCUGUUGCAGGUGGAACAGCUGCUUUUUUAACUACACCUUGUGAUGUUGUUAAAGCUAAAUUAAUGACGCAAAGAAAAUAAUUCUAUCAUUCAUUAGGAGAAUGCAUAAAAAUUAUUUAUGAAACUGAAGGAAUUUUUGGAUUUUUUAGAGCUGUUCAUAUCAGAACUAUGUAAAUUUCAGCUUCUGGAAUCAUUUUUUUUAGUGUCUAUGAAAGAUGUAAAUUUUAUAUUUUAGCGUAUAAUAAUAAAUCAUGA